UCAUCUGAUAAGCAGCGAGCCCUAGAAGAAACCAAAGCCUACACCACUCAAUCCUUAGCAAGUGUUGCGUAUCUGAUCAACACCUUGGCCAACAAUGUUCUGCAGAUGCUGGAUAUUCAGGCGUCUCAGUUACGGAGGAUGGAAUCUUCAAUCAACCAUAUUUCACAGACAGUUGAUAUUCAUAAAGAGAAAGUUGCAAGAAGAGAAAUUGGCAUUUUGACUGCCAGUAAAAACACUUCAAGAACCCAUAAGAUUAUUGCGCCAGCCAGCCUUGAGCGACCAGUUCGUUAUAUUCGAAAACCCAUUGACUAUACGGUUUUAGAUGACAUUGGACAUGGGGUAAAGUGGUUGCUUAGAUUUAAGGUCAGUACCCAGAAUAUGAAGAUGGGUGGUCUGCCACGCACAACCCCUCCAACUCAGAAGCCCCCAAGCCCCCCUAUGUCAGGAAAGGGGACACUUGGGCGGCACUCCCCCUACCGCACACUGGAGCCAGUGCGUCCUCCAGUGGUUCCAAAUGAUUACGUACCUAGCCCAACCCGUAAUAUGGCUCCCUCGCAGCAGAGCCCUGUGAGGACAGCUUCUGUGAAUCAAAGAAAUCGAACUUACAGCAGCAGUGGGAGCAGCGGGGGGAGCCACCCGAGCAGCCGGAGCAGCAGUCGGGAGAACAGUGGAAGCGGGAGUGUGGGGGUUCCCAUUGCUGUUCCUACUCCGUCUCCUCCCAGCGUCUUUCCAGCCCCUGCUGGCUCUGCUGGCACUCCUCCCCUUCCUGCUACUUCUGCAUCUGUCCCCACCCCUCUUGUUCCUGCUACUGUCCCCUCCUCCACUGCCCCAGAUGCUGCUGCUGGGGGUGCACAGACCCUUGCUGAUGGCUUCACUUCUCCAACUCCCCCUGUUAUUUCUUCCAAUCCCCCUACAGGUCAUCCUGUUCAGUUCUACAGCAUGAAUAGGCCUGCCGCUCGCCACACACCACCCACAAUAGGGGGCUCAUUGCCCUAUAGACGCCCCCCUUCUAUAACUUCACAAACAAGCCUUCAGAAUCAGAUGAAUGGAGGUCCUUUUUAUAACCAGAAUCCAGUAUCUCUUGCUCCUCCUCCUCCUUCCAUCCUCCAGGUAACUCCUCAGUUACCUUUAAUGGGAUUUGUGGCCAGAGUCCAAGAAAAUAUUUCAGAUACACCACCUCCACCACCACCUGUGGAAGAGCCAGUAUUUGAUGAGUCCCCUCCUCCACCACCUCCUCCAGAAGAUUAUGAAGAAGAGGAAGCAGCUGUGGUUGAGUACAGUGAUCCUUAUGCUGAAGAGGACCCACCCUGGGCACCAAGGUCUUACCUGGAAAAGGUUGUGGCAAUUUAUGAUUAUACAAAAGACAAGGAAGACGAGCUGUCCUUUCAGGAAGGAGCCAUUAUUUAUGUCAUCAAGAAGAAUGAUGAUGGUUGGUAUGAGGGAGUUAUGAAUGGAGUGACUGGGCUCUUCCCUGGGAAUUAUGUUGAGUCCAUCAUGCAUUAUUCGGAGUAAAGUCCAGCACAGCUCUGCUUCACUUUCAGGAGGCCAGGUCUUCCCAGAUUAGCUGAAGGCCCUGGGAUUUCCUCUCAU